AUGGGUACUGACUACUACAAGCUCUUGGGCGUCGACAAAGACGCCGACGACAAUGCCAUUAAGAAAGCUUACAAGAAGAUGGCCUUAAAAUGGCAUCCUGAUCGAAACAACGGCUCAGAAGAAGCAUCAAAAAAGUUCAAAGAGAUAUCCGAGGCAUUCGAAGUUCUGAGCGACAAACAGAAGCGAACCAUAUAUGAUCAGUUCGGUGAAGAGGGUCUCAAAGGCGGUGGAGGCCCGCCACCUGGUGCAGGUACCGGUGCAGGUCCCAGCGGGUUCUCCGGCUUCAGUGGAUUCCCAGGUGGUUCUACAUUUAGCUUCUCCAGCUCAGGCCCCUCAGGUUUCAGCUCUUCCGGAGGGUCGUUUAAUCCAUCUGAUCCUAAUAAGAUCUUCGAACAAAUAUUCGGUGUUGGACUCAACUCUGCGUUCGGCAUGGGUGGUAUGGGUGGUCGGCCUGGCAUGCGAAUGUCUGAUGCAGACGACGAUAUGGACGGCUCCUACCCCAGUUUCGGAGGUGGUAUACCACGAAGUCGACCAUCGCGUCCUGCUCGUUCCAACUCUUAUUCUAAACAGUCAGCAGCCCCCUCUGAAAUUACCCGUCCAUUCAAAGUAUCACUGCAGGAUCUGUACAACGGGGCUGUCAAGCAUCUCAAAGUCGGGCGAAGACUACUCAACGGUUCGACGGAGGACAAGGUGCUCGACAUUCAGGUCCACCCUGGCUGGAAGAGCGGGACCAAGAUUCGCUUUGCGCGCGCAGGCAAUGAGCAGGCAAGCGGCGAGGCGCAAGACUUGGUCUUCGUUGUAGAAGAGAAACCACAUGAUACCUUCAAGCGAGAAGGGAAUGACCUUAUCUGUAACAUUUCAAUACCCCUUCUGGAGGCUUUGACCCACGAAGGUGGCAAGAAGCAGGUGGAAUCGCUGGACGGGCGGAAGAUACAAGUGGAUUUACCUGCUGGUGUCAUCAAACCCGGGCAGGAGACAACUGUUCAUGGAGAGGGUAUGCCUAUCAGGAAAGAUGGCACGGUGAAGAAAAAGGGUGAUUUGAUUGUGAAAUGGAAUGUCGUCUUUCCAGAUCGAUUAACAUCGUCGCAGAAGGCGGGAUUGAAAAAGGUCCUUCUAUGA